AAACCCCUAUCUAAACCCCCAAACACCCCACUGUCCACUACAGCCAAAGCCGGCAACCGCCUGCACUCAUCUGCUCCAGCAAAUCCCAGCAUUUCCACUCUCCAAUUCAACCACCAACAAUUCAAUUUCAACCACCUUUUCACUCCCUCUAAUACCCAACAACACAAACACUUAAAACUCUAAACCAAAACAAAAUUAUCAAAAUCAAAACUAAAGCAGAAAAGGAAACAACAAGAGGGUUAAAAAAUCACAAGGCGGCAAUUGAAUUCUGAAGGAUUUCUACAGUUAACCGGGAAAGGCUAGUAGAGGAGGGAAAGGUUUGGGGGCAGAUUCCACCGAUGAAAGAAGCCAGACUACGUAAAACUCUCUUGGAAAUGAUCACUGGUUCAACAGCGAGAUAAUUAGAGCAUGCAGGUGGUGCUAUGAGGUUGGAUAAGGUCUUGAUUGGGUAGGAAGAAGACAGGUUUUGUGGAGCGGUGAGGGAAGGAGAGAGUGAGCGGCUUGUAUGCUUCAAAGUUGAAACCACAAUCAGAAUCAAUAAUGGGUUUUCAAGACUCUGUUGUGCCGUGCCUCAUAAUUCUUAUAAUUGCUGUAUUAGCUAAAACCCAGCCCAUAGUAGCCGCUGAUCAUAUUCAGAAUCAGAAUCCCUUCAAUCGUAGUAGCUUUCCAAAAGAUUUCAUUUUCGGAACAGCCUCAGCAGCUUACCAGUAUGAAGGUGCUGCAAAAAAAGGUGGAAGGGGCCCUAGCAUAUGGGAUACCUUCACUCACAAAUACCCAGAAAGAAUAACGGAUGGCAGCAAUGGAGAUGUUGCAGUUGAUUUUUACCAUCGUUAUAAGGAAGAUGUACAGAUAAUGAAGGAAAUGAAUACAGAUGCUUUUAGAUUCUCCAUUUCUUGGUCUAGAAUACUACCUCGUGGGAAGCUAAGUGGGGGAGUGAGCAAGGAAGGCAUUAGUUUUUACAACAAUCUCAUCAAUCAGCUCCAGUCCACCGGUCUGCAGCCCUUUGUGACUAUCUUUCACGGGGAUCUUCCCCAGGCACUAGAGGAUGAGUAUGGUGGCUUUUUAAGUCCUCGUAUUGUGGAUGAUUUUCGAGAUUUCGCUGAACUUUGCUUCAAAGAAUUUGGUGACCGUGUGAAGCAUUGGAUCACUCUAAAUGAGCCCUCCAUGUACAGUGCCUCAGGUUAUGACUGGGGCAGUGGGCCACCAGGCCGCUGCUCCAAAUGGGUAAAUGAGGCUUGCCAGGCCGGAAACUCCUCCACUGAGCCUUAUGUUGUUGGCCACAAUCUCAUACUUUCUCAUGCCGCAGCCGUAAAACGAUACAGGCAAAAAUUCCUGGCGAUUCAAAAGGGCAAGAUUGGAAUAACAUUAACCAGUUCUUGGUUGAUACCUUACUCUGAUUCGAAACCAAAUGUUGAGGCAGCCAAAAGAGCCCUUGAUUUCAGUUUUGGGUGGUAUAUGGAUCCAUUGGUGUAUGGUGAUUAUCCAUUCACCAUGCGAACCUUGGUGGGACAAAGACUCCCAGAAUUCACCAAGGAGCAAUCAAAGACGAUCAAAGGAUCUUUGGAUUUUAUUGGAUUAAAUUACUACACUUCGAAUUAUGCUGUUAAUGAUCCUGUUGCCAAUCCUGUCAAUUUUAGCUAUUCCAAAGAUUCUCUUGUUAAGUACACACCCAAGCGAAGAGGGAUCUUCAUUGGCCCACAGGCUGCUUCAAGCUGGCUCUAUGUUUAUCCAAAGGGGUUGCGAGAUCUUCUGAUUUACAUAAAGGAACAUUACAACAAUCCUCUUGUUUAUAUCACUGAGAAUGGGAUUAGUGAGUUUAAUAAUGCUACAUUACCACUUAAGGAAGCCCUGAAGGAUUCUAUGAGGAUAAAUUACUACUACCACCAUCUUUUGUUUCUCCAAAGAGCCAUUAAGGAGGGUGUGAAUGUGAAAGGUUACUUUGCGUGGUCACUUUUAGAUAACUUCGAAUGGAACUCUGGUUAUACUCUGAGGUUUGGUAUCAACUUUGUUGACUAUAAUAAUGGUUUGAAAAGAUAUCCAAAGCAAUCAGCCAUUUGGUUCAAGAAUUUUCUGCAGAAGUAGAGUGAUAAGAUCAUACUACUAUUAAGUCUUCGGUAAUUGAGGGAUGCUAAAUUUGUAAGUUACUCAUAAUUUCUCUGUGGACUGUAAUAUAAAUCUUAUCAAAGGUUUGGUUCCGUAUGGUUUGUGUUGACUGCAAGAUGAUGAGAAGAACGGAGGUUGAACCCCCACUGGAAUUGAAAUCUUUAAAUGCAAGCAGAUAUUUAAUGUACCAAUUAAGCAGAUAUUUAUUGAACCAAGUAAGC